AUUAUAAUUACGGCCUUGUAAACAACUACAAAAAAAAUACCAAAUUGAACACUGUGCCCAGUGGUAAUUUAGUCAACAAUAGCAGCAUGAAAUCCACAGCCUAAGUGCUUGACGAUAAUUCCACAGGCCGUCGUCGACGAAGACGAAACGGAGUUAGCAAAAUGCUCGCUAUAUAUUAACGAUGCACGGAAGCGUCUGGAUGCAUGUAAAUAUGAAUUGAUGAACACCUAUGAAUGAAUGGGCUCAGUGCCACCAUCCUCCAGAUGCCAACGUUGUUGGACAUUGCCUUGAACGGAGUCCCUCUGGCGGUGGCGGAAGAUUAUGUUUCUGAACGUCUGCGCGAGGCUUCCCAUUACUAAAAGGGUUUUUUGCACAUUCACGGUAAACUCUCUUCCGUCUCUGCUGGAAUAUAUAUUGCUUGCACCCUUGCACGGUUUUAACAUUACGGAGAGGUGGAACACACCACCGACCCCCGUUCACGUUUGUCUUAUGAAUGGGCGACUAAGGGACGGAAGAUUAUCUUCUUGGAAGACGUUUCAAGAAGGUCUCGGCUAAGAAGAGAGAGAGAACCCCGUUGCUAGACGCGCCUAGGCCUCAGCGGUCUUACCCACCCUCGGCUAGAUUCGUCUGCCGGCUCGGAGCGACCUCGCCCCCGGCCGCACCGGGGUGACUCGCUCGCCCCCUCUCGACGGACGUGCAACUACCCGGGAGCUUGUUGCCUUUCGAAGUCGAAGCAAAGCCGCUGGUGUUUUAUAUAUAUAUAUUUUAAUACUGUAUAUUCUGUGUAUUUAACUUAUCCGGGGUGGCUCUGUGCGCCCUAUCCAUCACUUCGGAGGCGGAGGGGUUGCUGGAUCACGCAAAGAUUCUGAGGCAGCCGCUGGGCUGCGAAGUCACCAGGUCGGUGGCAGUUCAAGAACUCAUCUGUAGGUCGCCGAAGAAGUCCGCCCAGGCCGCUUGCCUCCGCCCAGCGAUGUCAGCCGAGAAGUCGCUCCCCGUCUUCAAGAACCCCGCCGCUCUCGCUGGGACUCGGCUGCCUCCGUCCGUGGGGGGCAGCGCCCCCCUCCUGGCCGUGUUCCCUGCCCCCGCGUCCCAGCAGCGCGUGUCGGAGUCGGGCUUAGCGGGCACCCCCAGGAACAAGGUGUCGCUGAAGCCAGGCCGCUCGCUCAUGGACUGGGUGCGCCUCGCCAAAAGCGGGCGUGACAUGACGGGACUGCGCGGCCGCCUGCUGCACGUCACCGAGGCGGAGCUUGCACGCCACAACCUCCGCGACGACUGCUGGACCUGCAUCAGGGGCCUGGUGUACAAUGUGACGGCAUACAUGGAGUACCACCCCGGAGGGGAGGAAGAGCUCAUGAAGGCGGCCGGCGUGGAUGGCACGGAACUCUUUGAACAGGUUCAUCGCUGGGUGAAUUUUGAGUCAAUGCUCAAGGAGUGCCUGGUUGGGCGAAUGGCCAUCUCCUUGCCAAUCCCAAAGGAUGUGAAGAAGCAAAAAGAUCACAUUGUGUGCGACAUUGUAAAAGGAGAUAACAACGUGGAGGCACAGGGGAGCGAGGCCUUAACCCCGCUCAUCCUUGCUGUCCCACAGACGCCCACACCGAGGUUCGAUUGGUUCCAGACUGAGUUCAGCGUCUCCCUGGUUGUUUACUCCAAACAGAAGGACCUGGAACCUGAGUGCGUGGUUGUGGACGUUAGCGACCGUGAGCUGAGGGUGUGCGUGGUACUGGGGGACCAGUCCUACUUACUUCACCUCGAGCUGGAAGACAAGGUUCUGGAGGAAUACACAGUGCAGGUGACGUCCCCUCUGGGCAAGGUAGAGGUCUGCCUGAAGAAGGCGCAGCCCAGAAUGUCGUGGAAGAGUCUUGGCCAACACCUUGGGGGAUCCGGGCUGCUCGACAAGACGAGCUCGCGCGAGCUGCUGUUCCGGCGCGGCGUUGUGACCGCCCGCUCGACGGUGACCCACGACACGGUCCUGCUGUGCGUGCGCUUACCGCCCGGGACGCACAUGGGCCUCGCACUGGGCCAUCACGUGUACCUGCAAGCGCCCGUGCAAGGAGUCGAUAUAACUCGUGCUUACACUCCCGUGCUGCCCUCGCUGACAGCGCCCUGGGAGGUGGUGCCGCGCCUCUCCACCCUCUUGCACUUCAUGAUCAAGGUUUACCCCAACGGCACCCUGACGCCAGUGCUCGGCUGCCUUGGCCCAGGGGACGCGGUGCUGGUGGGCGACGGUGCUGGAACCUUCCGACGAGCGCAAGUGGCUGGCGUGUCUCAGCUCAGCCUCAUCGCAGCAGGCACAGGGCUGACGCCCAUGGUGCGACUCCUCGCUUACGCCGUCGUCAGCGACCACAUCCGGAAAAUCGAGCUGGUGUUCUUUAACAAGUCACCGGAGGACAUCCUGUGGAAGCAGCAGAUUGAUGAGCUGUGCGACCGAGACUCCAGGUUCCAAGUGCACUAUGUGCUCUCGGAGGUGAGCGACAGAUGGCACGGCCGCAUUGGCAGGAUCAGCAGGACGCUGCUGUCAGAGCUGCUGGCACCGGUGUCGAGUGGCGUUGGCGAGCGGAGGAGGCGGCUAGUGUGCGUGUGCGGGGCGGCCCCCUUCACCGAGCUGGCCGUCAGCAUUCUCGAUGAGCUUGGAUUUGAGGAUCAGGAAAUUCACACAUUUACAGAAUGAGAGAUGCAUCUGGUCUUGAAUUCCCGCAGACAUUCAUUCAGGUAUGGUGCGUGAUGGUGAACGUGUCCUUGCCCACCACGGGACAUCAGCGCAACUAUCGUGGCAUCACAGCAGCAUGAUGGACCAAUCGUUCUACCCGUGCCCUUUAGCUCUGAGCCAUAACAGCACAAACGAUUGAAAUAUUUCAUAUCUACUGCCUUCCCAUAUCUCGACUCCCGGGAUUUUAAACACAGCUGUAUCCAGCUCAGCCUUUCCCGAAGCUUUUUGCUGUCAUCGUUCUGCACUCCCUGCGCUUACACCAAAUAAGUCUUCUCCACGGGAGACAUGGGAAAACAUUGGACAUUAUUCUAGUUCGGGUUGUGUACCUGAGCCUCCGUUUCACCGAGCCUUUCUCACUAUUGAAGUCUGAUUCUUGGUUCUUUCGGUAUAGUCACGUAGUAGGGAAACAAUAAAAUAAUAAAAAAUAUAAAACAAGACAGGUUCUUUGCAAGCCAUCUGGCUACCAUGAGAGAUUCGUUCAUGAGGCUAU